AUGCAACAUGGCCAUGCAAACAAUUCCAUGCGCAGCCGUUACAAUAUUUGCAUAUCUUCGAGCGGCAUGUUAUGCUCGUGCCAGCUUCCAGCGGCAGGCGCCCCAAGGUUUAUCGUGGACAUGACCGCCAACCGAGGUAACCGCACGAGCAUGCCAUGCCCGGCCAGUGGUCCCUCGCGUCCAUGCAACAACGGUACUGGAUCUUCACGACGAUACGCCAUGGACCUGACGGGCACGGACGACUGGGGACCGCAACAGCAACACAGGCCCCAGCCAGGAACCUCUGUCAUCGAGAUCUCGUCCGAUAGCAGUGACGAUGACGACGAUGGCGACGGUCCAUCAGGCGAUGUAGCACACCGGCCAAGCACCGCCACCGCGGGCAGGCAUGACACGGCAUCGACAAGGCGGAGGUACCGGAAGGGCACAGACCGCUUUGGCAGUUCGUGCCUCCACUGUCAGAACCCAGGUUGGAAAUUGGGGUGUCUCGGUCCAGCAGGAGAGCGUCAGGAUGUUGUUCUGGCACCGGCGCGGAAUAGAUCCCUAUCAGUCAUGUGGCCUGACCAGCACCAGCAGCCGCCAGGCCCGGAUGACCUGCAGUUCGAGCAGUUUCAUCAGUUCCAGGACUUCCUCGCGUGGCGGGGACAACAGCAGCAGUCUAUAGCGCAGUGGCAGCCAUCCAUGCCAGGGUGGCAGCCCACCCAGAGCCACCCGGUGCAACUAACUCCUGGCGUGCACAUGGUGUGCAUCGCGGACCUGGAGUGCAGGGAGGGUUGCAUCCGCAACAUCCAGCAGAGGGCCUUUAUGGGGCGCGCUCGACCACAUUUACCCGAGCUAGUCGCACACGUUUUCGUGUUCCAACACUCCGCCCCUGAUGGGGUCCGCAGAGGGCGCCCAGACUGGCUCAGUGUGCAGUACAAGGUUUCGGAUGACCACAAGACGGAUUAUGGAAGCCAUGGUGUCGUGUAUGCGGUGCCACUAAGACCUACCUCAGAGGGCAGCUCGCGCAGAGUGUCUUCACCAGCCAUACCUGGGUUCAAUACUUCGAAAGGAUCUUUGGCAUACCGGAGCCAGCAUGUUUCCAAUCCCAGCCAGUCCUACAUCCGACAGCUGCACUGGCUCUGGGCCAUGCCGGACUACGACUUCGAUACCGCCUGCACGGUUCGAUGUCCAGCCGUGGUGCGACUCACAGGAGCGGGAUCACCGUGUUGUUCCUGUGAGAUCUAUGGGACGACUGGUGUGUCGUGCCUCCAUUUGGAGUAUGUGCACCACCACACCGCCGAGCUCAACACCAGUGACCUGGCUGCCGGGCGGAUUGACGAGGGUCGUCGUGUUGUCCACAUCACACCAUCCGUGUCAGGUAGUGUGCAGCCCGGGGACUACUUCUGGCUGGAAGAUGACACCCUGGACGGCACCCUGUGGCCACGGUGGCAAGUGCAUCCACGUGGCGAGCGUGCAGAGCUGCCCCUGUCACUUGCAGAUGAUGUGACGCAGAGCGACCCAGAGGUCGGUGAGGCGAUAGAGCAGGAGGUGGAUGGUGAUAGUGUUAGCAGCACUGAACUUGACUGUGAUGGUGACGACAGCAACAGUGACAUUAGCAGUGUUGGAGAGGAUGCAGACGGUGGUGCAUCCGCCAUCCUCUAUCCAUAUCCGUGUGACAUCGCUACUGCAUCCAAAAUGUGCAACUGGGAGGCAACCAACAUGCCCCGUCCGUCAGCAGUGGGUGGCGGCAGUCUGGUGAGGCUGCAGGUGAACCUCAAGCCCACACCGCCGGUGGGAGGCGCAUGUCCCUGUAGCUGUCUGUACAGGGAGCCUGUGUUCAUCCGGGAUGUGGUGGUAUAUGGCAUGGACACCAUGGGCCCUCGGUGUGCAGCUGAGUACAUGCUCCGUAGCCGCUGUGGCAGGUCGGCAUGCAACAUUGUAUAUGACGGCUUUGGUGAUGGGCUUUUUCGCCACAGCAGUCGGUCGUACUUCUCCCUCCGUCACAUGUACAACUUCACGGACCAGUUCCUCACGACAGGUGCAACACCACAGGCCUACGCAGAAUCUCAGCAGCGUCUCGCCAUGACAACAUUGACCACCAACACCUCCGACCCCAAGCAAUUUUCGGUGUCAACCUUCCGUGCGGCAUGGUAUAAAUUCAUCACUCAUCUGGACUUGCCGUACAAGUUUACAUGCCCGGUAUGUGGCACCUCGCCUCGCAGGCUAAUCUGCGACGGUACGGCAGUCACUAUGCUGCUAGGCUUUUACCACGGGGCGCCGGUGACAGACAGCAUGCCUCAUGGUGGCCCCCCGGGGCAUGGGCAUUCGAGCGCAGCAACAGAUACAGCAGCAACAGCAGCAACGACACGACGGGUGCAUGGGCGUAGUGAGCACUGUUGGUGCUGUGAUCCACAGUCGCGUAGCCUGCUGCGGCGCAUUUCUUCCUGUGUGCAUGGUGACAACAAGGACGUGUAUGGGCGUCCCGUGUCUGGCGAAUUGGAAGGAGUGGAGGAUAUCGACCUGCGGAAUCGGCUCCAGGCGGCACUCUGGGACUGGGCCGGUGACAACUGCUGCACGGCGACCAUUGAGUUUGUGCAUCUGGUGCAGGCAUGCACCUUGGGCAUCAGCGUGGAUGGGGGCAGGGAGCCGCGGGAAAAGCUCCAGAAGCGCGCACUAUUGGUGCAGCUGGUCGACUGCCUUGCCAGCCCUGCACUGACGGUUGCCUACCUGCCAGUGGCUGCUGCAGAGGGGCGGAACGAGGUGUAUAGUUGGAUGGUGUCGUACCUUGAGAAGGCACCCGACCUGGUGGUGUACGACUUUGCCUGCAACCUGCACGAGUACUGCAUGAACCGCGCGCCCGCGUUCUUUCAGGGCACACAGUUUGCAGUGGAUCGCUUCCAUUGGGGGAACCAUGUUAGCUGUUCGCAUGCAUAUAACCUUUCACUUUUCCCGGGCCUCAGCUACAUCAACUCGGAGGUUGCCGAGCAGGUGAACAGUGAGCUACGGCCCUUCAAGGCCAUGCUAAGCCAGAUGAAACAGGCUAACUUCAUGGCCUGUAUGCGCCUGGCGCUACACCACCGGAACAGUGCGCGUGUAGACACACUGAAUCGGCGCCUGGUGUAUGCGCGAGAGUUCACCGGUGACAACACGAACGGUUGA